AUGGUGCAAAAGAUUCUGAAGGUUGUAGCUUCUGGUAUUGCAAAAUCCAUUGGAGAUGAAAAUCUGGCAAGCACCAGCUCUCCCUCCCUUAUGUCACCUCCAACUGCACGGGCCACGUCACUCUCACCUCCAGGCAUCACUAAAGGGGUAGAGCCAACCACAACUACAACUGGUGUCUCUCCUGCAGACAGCACAAACUUUUCCAUGCAUGCAGGCUCCAAUCCUGCCAUGGGACUCAGCAAUCUACCACACAGCAGCACUGCUGCCCUCACCACGCAUGCACCCAUUGCCUUCAGGAAUGCUUCACCAGAUUCUUACACUUCAGCACCCUUGCACAGCACCAUCUCACCAGUCAGCAUGCCAGCAAGCACUGGGAUCACCCCUACUCCCCAAAUAGAUGUUCCCAUACCGACAACUGAAGAACCUUGUGAUGUAGGUGAGAAUCCUUUCCAAGUUGUGGUUGAGAACAGCACAUACGCACGGGUGUGUUUGAACAGCUCGCUCACCUGUGCUAAGAUGACUGUUAGCUGCACAGGUUCACCAGCCUUUAAAAAAUUAAAUGAAACUUGUGAGGAGCAGAACAGUUUAUGGCCCAACCAUAACUACAGCUGCACUGGGCUCAUACGCUUUCAUCAAAGGGAGUUUAACCACAGCCACAGCUUUUCCAUAGCAACAGAUUAUGGUGCUCCAGAAGCACCAGAAAACCUUACGGUAUGUUCCGGUGCAAGAAAUGUAACAGUUACAUGGAGGAAACCUAGUGACAUGUCAAACGGUCCUAUAGCUGGCUACGAGGUGACAUGCAAUGGCGAAAAGACGUAUGUGCAUGUGACUGAAUUUACUUGCCUGCAUUUGGAACCUUUUACCAAUGGUACUGUAUCUGUGACUCCAUAUACAAGGAGCAAAUAUUACAAUAAACAGCUUGUGGGGAAGUCUGUAACAAGUAACUUCACAACAGAACCAACAAUCCCAGAGCAAGUGAUCGACGUUAGCGCAACGCUGACAGCCGAUAACGCGGUCCAAAUAAAAUGCAGAAGUCAACGAGUGUAUGGAAGUCAAAAAAUCUUUAAGCUGGUAUGGGAGAAUGAUGGAACAAACACCUCCAACAAAGCUGGUUGUGAUUUUAGAAAAGAAAAUCUCUUCUACUUGACAAACUAUUCAUUUAUGAUCUCAGUGUCUAAUGGAGUGUAUGAAGGACAGCCAGUAAAGAGCAGUGUAAGAACCAGAUAUAAUUCCAGAGCCCUGAUUACAUUCCUGGUGUUCUUGAUCAUUGUGACAACAGUUGCUUUACUACUGGUGCUGUACAAAAUCUAUGAUCUUCACAAAAAAAAGCUUAGCAGUUCUUCUGAAGGUGUGGACCUCGUUCCAAUUAUAGAUGAAAGGCAACUUCUGAACAUUGAGCCAAUACCUUCAGAGAACUUGCUGGACAUGUACAAGAGGAAGAUUGCUGAUGAAGGACGACUCUUCUUGGAUGAAUUUCAGAGCAUUCCUAGAGUUUUCACUAAAUUUUCAAUAAAGGAGGCCAAAAAAAGCUAUAAUCAGAACAAAAACCGUUACAUCGAUAUCCUUCCAUAUGAUCAUAACCGUGUUGAGCUCUCGGAGAUCCCAGGAGAUCCAGGGUCAGACUAUAUCAAUGCAAGUUAUAUUGAUGGCUUCAAAGAACCAAGAAAAUACAUUGCUGCACAAGGCCCUAAGGAUGAGACCACAGAUGAUUUCUGGAGAAUGAUCUGGGAACAAAAGGCAACAGUUAUUGUCAUGGUGACUCGCUGUGAGGAAGGAAAGAGGAACAAAUGCGCCCAGUACUGGCCAUCAAUGGAGAAUGGCUCUGCAAUAUAUGGGGACAUCAUUGUGAAGAUCAAUGAAAGUAAAACAUGUCCAGAUUAUGUCAUUCAGAAACUACACAUCACAAAUGGAAGAGAAAGGACAGCUGGAAGAGAUGUAACUCAUAUUCAGUUCACAAGUUGGCCAGACCAUGGAGUCCCCGAGGAUCCACAUCUUCUUCUCAAACUCAGACGCAGAGUUAAUGCUCUCAGUAACUUUUUCAGUGGCCCUAUAGUGGUUCAUUGCAGCGCUGGUGUUGGUCGCACUGGGACAUACAUAGGAAUUGAUGCCAUGCUGGAGGGGCUGGAUGCAGAAGGCAGAGUGGAUGUUUAUGGCUACGUCGUGAAGCUGCGUCGGCAGCGGUGCCUCAUGGUUCAAGUAGAGUCACAGUAUAUCCUUAUCCAUCAAGCACUUGUGGAAUACAACCAGUAUGGAGAAACAGAGGUCAGUCUCUCAGAACUGCAUUCCUAUCUUAACAACCUGAAAAGAAGAGACCCUCCAAGUGAUCCUUCCCUGCUGGAGGCAGAGUUUCAGAGGCUGCCUUCCUAUAAGGGGUGGAGGACACAGAAUAUUGGGAAUCGUGAGGAAAAUAAAAGCAAAAAUAGGAAUAGCAACAUCAUUCCAUAUGACUUUAACCGAGUGCCAAUCAGGCUGGAAGAUGAACGUGGUAAGGAGGGUGAACAUGAUUCAGAUGAUUCCUCAGACGAGGAGAGUGACUAUGAGGAAUCAAGCAAAUACAUCAAUGCUUCCUUCAUAACUGGUUACUGGGGUCCAAAAGCCAUGAUUGCCACACAGGGACCACUGCAGGAAACUGUCUCUGACUUCUGGCAAAUGGUCUUCCAAAGAAAAGUCAAAGUCAUCGUCAUGCUGACAGAGCUGAAAGAAGGAGAUCAGGAACUCUGUGCCCAGUACUGGGGAGAAGAAAAACAAACAUAUGACAGCAUAGAAGUUCAAAUGACAGAUGCCACCUGUUGUCCUAGCUAUACCAUACGUGCAUUUGAUCUUACACAUCUGAAGAUGAAAGAGACACAGAAGGUUUAUCAGUAUCAGUAUCACAAGUGGAGUGGAUUGGAUGUUCCAGAAAACCCCAAAGAUUUAGUCAGCAUGAUCCUCAACCUUAAACAAAAAGUGCCAGCCAGAGCAGCCACCGAGGACAAGAGUUCCCGCAGCAUCCCACUUGUUGUCCACUGUCGUGAUGGAUCACAGCAGACUGGUGUGUUCUGUGCUUUAAUGACCCUCUUGGAAAGUGCAGAGACAGAGGAAGUAAUAGAUGUUUUCCAAGUGGUAAAAGCUCUUCGUCGCACCAGGCUGGGAGUGGUCUCCACCUUUGAGCAGUACCAGUUUCUGUACGACACCAUCGCCAGUACUUACCCUGCACAGAAUGGACAAAUAAAGAAGAACAGUGAGCAGAAAGACAAAGUUGAAUCUUGCAGUGAAGUAGAAAAAACAGAUCAGGAAACUGAUUUGAUCACUAUUGAUCUUACCCCAUCAUCACCAGAGGAAAAGGAGCCUUCUGAAGGAUGUGACGAAUCCAAAGCUGCAGGUAGCACUAAGGGAACAGAAAGCUCCUCAAACGGCCCCACAGCUCCAGUCCUAACUUAGAGGCUAUACUGAAAAAAAAACCCCAACCAAAACCCUCAGUGCUUUUACAUGUCCAAAAAAUCCUAAACAAAAUAAGAUGUAGAAGAUUUCCUCCUCUUCCCACCUCUUUUUUUAAACUGUUUACCAUUGUAUCAGUUUUUCAAAGGUACAGAUUUAAGGGAAUACUUGAAACUUGUAGAGAGUGACAAAGAACUGUGAAGAUUCAAUUGUUGUGUAGAUUUGCAUUUAAUACUUCUUCUGAAACCUUUUCACUAUUUUUUUAAUAUAUAUAUUUUUUCCCUCCCAAAAUAUGUACAGUGUAAUACUCUGCUGAAUAGCAGAAAGAAAUUCUAAUUGUUAUUAUUUCUGUGACAAGGAGAAACUCAGAAGAAGAAGAUUAGUGUGGGCAAAAAACAGGUCUGUCUCCAAAACUCUUAGUAAGCAAAUAAACCUCAUCUAUAAGCAUUUCAGGAAUGACGAUUGGCACUGUUUUGAUGAUACUCUCUGGGACUUGUGGAACUUUGACGCCAAAGAGUUUUUGAGAGCUUCUGCUAUGUCAAUUCCAAGGAAUUCAGACUUAGAACCUAGGCGUCCCUUCCGUCUGCAGCGUGGACUGCAACUGUGUGCAGUAUUCUCAGUUGCCUCAAGGUGUCCUUCUUGCUCCACGCAUGGCAACCUGAGAGAAUCCCAUGGUAGAGCCUGGAGGUUGGCGUUUGAGUGAUUGCAGCAAUUCUGGUAGAAAACACCUCCUUUACUCUCAAAGCUGGAACUGCUGUGUGCUUGGACAUCUAUUUCCUACCCAUACUGUUAUUCAAAGGGACUACUUCCAUGAUUGCAGCUGACUUGUUUCCAGAACUGGAUAAUACUUACAGGUUUUUUCCUCCAAACCUUGUAGACUUUGAUAGAGGAUUUUAAAGAGAUUUAUGGGUUUGGGUUUGUAUUUUUUUUUUUCCCUCGCAUUGCAAGAUUUUGUAUGUUACAGUUGCUACAUUUUUACCUUUUCUUUAGCCUACCAUUUUUAGAACAAAUAAAUAAGAGAAUUCAAUCUGACAAA